AGAGCCAACUCUGGGCAGAGAAGAAGAAGAAAGAGAAUCGGAGAUGGCAGGGAAGAUGAGGAGCGAGGCCAGCAGCAGCAGCAGCAGAACUAGCGAUGCCAACACCACCGACGAAGACAACAACAACAGCAACAACAAUGGCGGCGGCGGCUUCGGCAGCGAAAGUCUGGUCGUCGAUUGCGGAAGGAAUCGAAGCUCUUGCGGCUAUUGUAGAUCCCCCGGUCGCACCAGCAUCUCUCACGGUUUAUGGGCUCGUAGCCUUACAGUUAAUGACUAUCAAGAUCUUCUUGACCGAGGUUGGAGAAGAUCUGGUUCUUUCCUUUACAAACCUGAGAUGGAAAAAACAUGCUGCCCUUCUUAUACUAUUCGUUUGAGAGCUGGUGAUUUUGCUCCUUCUAAAGAGCAACUUCAAGUGACUAGACGGGUGCAAAGGUUUUUAGAUGGAAGCCUGGAUUCUAACAAGCCAGUCAGAUUAAAGGAGGAUUCAAAUGCUUCUAAGGGAACCUGCAGUUCUGCUGAUCUUGGAGUUUCAAGCUCAUCAAUGAAAGAAUGCUUGUCUAGCAGCAAUGCAGAAAAAAAUAAUGCUGAAAAAAUCUUGCAAUAUUUAGCAGACAAAAUUGAUAAUUUGGUGCACACGUUUGUUGAGAGUGGGCAAUUUCCUAAUGAUCUUCAAUUGCCAAAAGCUUCUGUUAAAAAGGUUUUACAAGGAAAAAGAAAGCUAUUUGUUGAGGGAUCAGAAAAUCUACUUUACUGCAGCAAUAUUGCAUUCCAAAUAGCGGCUGCCAUAAAAAAGCGAGCAGAACCUGCUAUGGAGGAUACCCACCGUUCAAGAGUUUCCAAAGAGGUUAAGGAUGAAUGGUCUUCCAAGGCUAUUUCAGAAAAGCUGGCAAGUUCCCUAAAUCAGCUAGCAGAAACCUCUGGCCUUUCUGUCAGGGCUUGCAAUGGACACAUAAAUUUUUAUUCUGGCACCAUUAAAGCUUCCUUAGAUGGAAGUGCUGAGGUUGUGACUGUGACCGAAGGAUCUGCUGCAAGACGUGAAAGUAAACCGUGUUCUUUGGGGAAUAGCUAUGAGCAUUCCCCUGUAAAAAGAAGAAAGCUUGAGAUCCAUUUGAAAAGAUCCAGUUUUGAUCCAGAAGAGUAUGCAUUGUAUAGACGUUAUCAGAUAAAAGUCCAUAAUGAUACACCAGAUCAUGUCACGGAAAGUUCAUAUAAAAGAUUUCUGGUCGACACUCCCUUAAUCUUUGUUCCUCCAACCAAUGACGGUACAGUUCCACCUUGUGGCUUUGGCUCUUUCCAUCAACAAUAUGUAAUUGAUGGGCAACUAGUUGCAGUUGGUGUCGUAGAUAUCCUCCCUAGAUGUUUGUCAAGUAAAUAUUUGUUCUGGGAUCCGGACUUUGCCUUUCUAUCACUUGGCAAGUACUCAGCGCUUCAGGAAAUAAAUUGGGUGAAAGAAAAUCAAAUCCAUUGCCCAAGUCUCCAGUUUUAUUAUCUUGGGUAUUAUAUUCACUCCUGCAAUAAGAUGAGAUAUAAAGCAACAUAUCGGCCGUCCGAGCUUCUUUGUCCUCUCCGUUACCAGUGGGUUUCAUUUGAUGUUACCAGGCCUUUCCUAGAUCGAAAGGCAUACGUCGUCUUAUCAGAUUGUGCUCUCUUACAAGAUGGAGAGUCUUCAGACCCCAAUGCUUCUGAGCAAGCCAUGGAAGUGGAACACAAUGACAUUAGCUUCGAAGGCUCCAACGAUGUUCCUAUGCAUCAGACCAACGAGGACGCUGAUCCUGAAUACGAGAGUUCGGACGAUGAAUCAGGCGGAGAAUCCAGCGAUCCGGAAUCUGUUCAAUUCGAAAUUGGAGAUAUCAACAACAUUCUAAUUGGGUUGAAAGGAACUUGUCUAAAAUACAAGGAUCUACAGCGAGCUUUUCGUCCCUCGAAAAGGAGUUACUUGGAAACCCAGUUGCAUAGAUACUUGAGAGUUGUAGGCAAAGAGGUUGGUGAGCGGAUGAUCUAUUCACUUGGAUGACUUGAUUACUUCUUCGAGGCUUUAUUGGAUUCCAAUCCCGAAAACAAAAAAAAAAAAAUAUAUAUAUAUAUAUAUAUAUAUCAAUGUACAUUCAUGAAUUUGUUGUCUAGUGCGGUGAUUACUUCUGGGGCACAAAAAGUUUGAUCUAUAAUGAAAGCUUUUCUUGUAUUACGCAUUGUUCAUUUCAGUUUCUUCCUUCAUCCAGGUUCACUAUGGCAUAUGGAUG